AUGACUCGUAGCCAAAAUCUCCGUGUCUAUCGCGCGUGUCAGCGGUGUCGUCAGCGGAAACUCAAAUGUGAUCCGUCCAACUUGUCCGAAGGGACAAAACCUUCUUGCGUACAGUGCCUCCGUUCUAGCAAUGAGUGCAUGCCCGCCGGGUCACGGCGCGGAGGCGACUUCUCACGGUUUCGACGUCCAUACGGGGACCGAAGCUCUACGCCAACGCGGGCUAAUAUAGGCCACGGACUGCAUGACGAACAAAAUAGAGACGACGAAAAAGUAAUGGAUGAUCCCAUCUACGCUGAGUUAACAAAUCCGGGUGAUGCGCUCCAGAUCCUUGCCCAACUCGCCGCGAACGACUCCCAGGUUCCCAAUCACCCUAAUGACUCUACGACCUUCGAUCCUUUCCCGGUGACUCCAUCCACGAAGCGAGGGGGGACGGAUACCGCUUUCAAUAUUAAUGGUCCGAUCGAGUCGAUUCAGCCUCCUGUGUUACAGUCGACAUUGUCUGAGACAGAGACAUUGGUGAUCGGUGUGUUAGGCACAGAUACUGUUUGCCGUCUAAUACAUCACUACGCAGCAAAUUACCACACUUUUUGUCCCCUCGCCCCGAAACGGCUUCUGGCAACAACGGAUCCGCGCAAGGCGGCAGUAGAUGAGCCGUUCCUGCUGACAGUGCUUCUGACCAUCGCAUCCAAAGACGAGCCCGCAUAUAAGGAUAUCCACCAACAUUGCUGGAAAUAUCUCAAGCGGCACUUGUUAGAUAUACUCCUCGCCACGCCAUCUACCUUAAGGGUCGGGUCUGUCGAAGGUCUCCUGCUUCUCUCGGAGUGGGUGCCUUAUAUGCAACUCGAUACCUGUUCCUAUCCUAAUAUGUUCCCGAGGAACCUGAGUGCCGUCGAGGAUAAUAUGGCCUGGUCACUCAUCGGCCAGGCGGUGAGACAUUCUUAUCUCCUGCGUCUAGACAAGGCAUCCUUUCGGGAGACGGCUCUUGGGGAGUCGCAAGAACUCGAGAAUCGAAACCUUCUAGCGUGGAUAUUUGUAUAUAUCGCCGACCGACAGAUCUCCGUCCGUAUGGGACAAUCAUUCUGGUCUCGUGGGCCAUCGCUCUCGACGAACUUUACGGCCAAUGACUUUCCAACUCUACGUCUCAGGGCAGAUGCAGAGCACAAAUAUGCACAUGUGCUACAGGCUACUAUUGAGCUCACGCAGCUUCUUCACAACGUGCAUGACACUUUAUACGCGUCCAAGGAGCGAAGAACUCAAAUGGUUCGAAGAGGAGACUACAAUCGCUACCUAGAUGAUUUUCGGCACUCCAUGUCGGCGUGGAAAGACCGUUGGGAUGGUCUCGAGACAUCUCCCAAGCUGCACUGUACAAUGCAUAUCUUCAAGGAGGCAGCUCAUCACAGUCGCCCUGCGGGAGAAAACCGGGCAACAACUUCAGGGCCAAAGAGAGCCCCCUCUCUGUUUCCACGGGGCAUCAUGUCGACCGCAGAGGGUGCAUAUGUGCUCGAAGCAGUGGAUGCAGCCCGGGCGAUCCUGACAAUAGUUGUCCAGACAAUUUCUCAGGCGCAGAUUCGCUAUAUGCCGUUCCGAUUCUACAUGUAUACUGUGUACUCCGCGGUGUUUUUAUACAAAGCGGACGUCUUUGGAGCCGUCGUGAGCACAGAACAUACCGAAGUCGUCAACUUGGUGCAACAUUUUAUACAAGUACUUGAAGAAGCUGCCAUUAGCGAUUCCCAUAUUGCUAGUCGGUUUGCAAGUUUGUUAAAGCGCAUGUGGCUCCCGGACAGGCAGUGCCAUUCUCCCAAGCGCAACACAUCUUCCACCGCUUCGAACUAUGUAAAUACGUCGUCACAGCAGUGCGAACUCCCCCGAAAUACUGAUUUACUCGACGACGGGGCUCGCCACGAUCUUGCUUCUAGCAUGCAGGUUCCUGAGCCUGCACAAAUUCCCACGCCAUAUUUCAAUCUUUUUUACCCUGAAUUCUCGACUUUAGAGUCAGAGCUGGUCGAAUUCGGGGCAUGGAAAGCCAAAUCUGUCACCGGAUGA